AUGGAAGUAGAUAUAAUGGAUGAAAUAAAACAAGAAUUUGAUGAAAAGCCCUGUAAAACAGAAAUAGAUAAUAAUAGGUUGAGUGAUGUCCUUUUUGAUACCUUUAAAACUGAAUUUAUUGAAGAACCGAAAAGAGAAAGUACAAAUGAUGCAUUUGAUUAUUUGGUUUUAAACGAAAACCUGAUAAAGACUGAAAUACAGCAAGAUGAAUAUAAAUUACUUGAAGAAAAACAAAAAAUUGAAACAAGUUUUCCUUGGGAAGAGGUAGAAGCUCAUGCUAGCAACGAAUUUACAGAUCAUAUUAGAAACAGCAGUAACUUGAAUCAAUAUUUAAUUGCUAGUCCAAGUCUGAGUACUGAAGAAAAGAACAGUUUGACUUCUGAAAUAUGCUCCAAAAUGUUUCCCGAAAAGUCGAAUCUAGAAGAAUUUAUGAGAAUACAUAAUGGAAAAAAAUCGUUUGCAUGUAAUAUUUGUAAUAAACAACUUUCAAGAAAUUAUCAUUUAAAAAUACAUAUGAAAUUGCAUACUGGAGAAAAACCGUUUGUGUGUGAUAUUUGCUCAAAACGGUUUUCACGAAGUCACCAUUUAAAAAUGCAUAUGAGAAUCCAUACUGGAGAAAAGAAGUGUUUGACUUCUGAAAUAUGCUCCAAAAUGUUUCCAGGAAAGUCAAAUUUAAAAAAACAAGUGAGAAUUCUUACGGUGAAUAAACCUUAUGCAUGUAAUAUUUGCACUAAACAAUUUACAAGAAAUUAUCAUUUAAAGAUACAUAUGAGAGUGCAUACCGGAGAAAAACCUUUUGUGUGUGGAAUUUGUUCCAAAUCGUUUUCAGGCAUGUCCAACUUAAAAGAACAUAUGAGGCUACACAACGGGGAAAAACCGUUUGGAUGCGAUAUUUGUAUUAAAAAAUUUUCAACAAAGAAUCACUUAAAGUUACACAUGAGAGUGCAUACUGGAGAAAAACCGUUUGUGUGUGAAAUUUGCUCAAAAGUGUUUUCACAAACCUCCCAUUUAAAAAUACACAUGAGAAUACACACUGGAGACAAACAAUUUGUAUGUAAAAUUUGUUCUAAACAGUGUAUAACAAAGACUGUGUUAAAAAUACACGAAAGAAUGCACAGU